AUGAUUCCAUUUUUCAAAAUCGGAAUCGUUCUCAUAAGACAAGUAAGCAAACCCAUAUCAGGAUACAUAAAAAAGAAAGCAAUAGAAAAUAAAAAAUUUAAAAGUAUAUGCAUAUAUUGUGGAAAAAAGUAUUACUUCUUCGAGCAGUAUAUUCAGAAAAAAUUUUACAAUGCAAAUGCUACCAACGUUAAUUACAGCUCCUAUAUAAGUGAAAACAAAUCAGUUAAUGUAGGAAGCGAACUCUUAGGAGAAACUAUCAUAUUUUUAGUGGCAGCAUUAAUUAUAAUAGCUGAAUACAAAAGGAAUAGCUUGAAGGAGGCGAAAAAGGAGAUGCUUUUAAACCAUAAGCUGGAAACCCUGAAAUUACAAGUACUGGAAUUGCAGAAGGAAAAUGAUGAAAUUAUGAACGUCGUUUUUCCCAAUAGGAAGAAUGUGCGUGAUAGUAGAAGCUUCCAUCUUUCGCACUCCAAUUUUUUUAAAGAUUUUUACAACAGAAUUGUGGGCAGGCCCGGGGAUGAUCAGUCGUCCGCGCAGGGGGGGCAGUCUGAAGCGGACAAAACGCAG